AUGCAACAACAUCAUCAACAGCAGCAGCAACGUUUGUCAGCCGCCGGGCAACAUCAAUUAAUGGCCGCCACCCAUCAUCAGCAGGGGCAGUUGCAACAUUCCCAUCAACAGCCACAUCAUACCCACCAUUUAUCCCACCACACACAACAGUCACAUCCCCAUUCGCAUUCUCAUCAUCCGCAUCACCCGCAUCUGUCACAUCAUCAUCCCCAUCCUCACCACCAUCAGCAUCAACAGAUUGCCCUGCAUCAGAACCAUAUGUUCUUCAGCGGAACAACAUUGGGUGGCCACCACCACCAUCAUCAUCAUCGUCAGCUGUUUAGUCAUAUGCAAAGUGCCAUUAUGCCACUGGGUGUCAAUGGUGAUCCCAUUAAACUACCAGACAAUUUGGAAAGCUUGCCAAGAGCUGACAGUUUCCCGUCACAACGUCAUCGUUGGAAUACAAAUGAGGAAAUCGCUGCGAUUCUUAUCAGUUUUGAUAAACACAAUGAAUGGCAAUCGAAAGAAGUCAAAACAAG